CGCGUAUAUGCCACUCUCGUUCAGAACCUCAAAACAUAUAUCGUUCUCGUUCCCCCGCUUCCAAUGUUGUAGACUUUGUAGUAAUAGUCUGAUAGAUAGAUGAGAAGAUUAAAUAGUAAACUUCAUGAUACCUACGCAAAACCAGGAAUGAUGAAACUCAGUAAAACCUUUCUCCAUCGAUGUACAAUUUGCUUGUCUUGUCGGCUGAGUAUCGUAUUUUGUCCGUACGCGUCAGCCUAGUUGGUGUACUCUCUACUUUCUAGUAAUCACACCCAACCAAUCCGACGUUUGUUUCCCACCACAGAUUCAGAUAUUUCAAUAUCUCUGUCUGAAUAAAUACUCAAAAGGUUAUAAGCUUUCUGGAGUUCCGAUGGUUUUUUUGUUAUUCAAUAUCUAUUGGUGCUAAAUUGUUGGGUUUACAAGAUUCUCUCUGAAAAUCUGACCAAGACAGCAGUCCUCACCCAAAAUAUCUUUUUAAAAUCAAAUUUUCCAGCUUCGUUGGCUUCAAAUCCCAUGAAUUUCAAUUUCAUUUCUGAGUUUGAUACUACAUUUCUCUCCCUCAGUCUUUCCCAGAAAAUUUACAAAUUCAGGUUCAAAUUCAAGCUGUAAGCCAAAUUCAAGUUCUGGGUUUUGGGUCUCUCUCUUUCUAUAACUAUAAAGGAUUCAGCUUUAGGAUUUUAAAUUCACGGGGUUUGGUGGGGUUGAGAUGGGUGCUAAUAUGUCUGCUGGCGUGUCGGACACGGAUCCACCAUUGCAGCUCAGGUUGGGGGAUAUACCGGAGAGCUGUAUAGCAUCGGUUUUGAUGUACUUGGACCCACCUGAGAUUUGCAAAUUGGCCCGGUUGAAUCGGGCUUUUCGAGGAGCUUCUGAGGCGGAUUUUAUAUGGGAAUUGAAAUUGCCGACGAAUUAUAGGUAUAUUAUGGAGAAAGUGUUUGAUGAGGAAACUAUGCUCAAAUUGAGGAAGAAGGAUGUCUAUGCCAGGCUUUGCAGGCCUAUAUCCUUUGAUAAUGGCACAAAGGAAAUUUGGCUGCACAAAAGUACUGGUGGCGUUUGUUUGGCGAUUUCGUCAAAGGCUCUGAGGAUAACCGGAAUAGAUGACCGGAGAUACUGGAAUCGCAUUUCGACACAGGAAUCUAGGUUCCAGAGAGUUGCUUAUCUUCAACAGAUCUGGUGGUUACAAGUAGAUGGAGAAUUUGAGUUCCAGUUUCCACCAGGGACAUACAGUUUGUUUUUCAGACUUCAGCUUGGUAGGUCUUCCAAGAGACUGGGUCGUCGGUUUUGCAAUCAUGAGCACGUUCAUGGCUGGGACAUAAAACCUGUGAAGUUUGAGCUAACAACUUCUGAUGGUCAGCAUGCUGUAUCACAGUGCUAUUUGGACAAUCCGGGGAAUUGGGUCCAAUACCAUGCAGGAGACUUUGUUGUCAAGAGCACCAAUGUAUUGGUGAACAUCAAAUUUUCAUUGACUCAGAUCGACUGCACUCACACCAAAGGUGGUCUCUGUGUAGACUCUGUGUUUAUACUCCCCACCAGUGUAGGAAAAUAGGCUAGAUUGCUUUUGUAAGCAGGAAAAGCUGUAAAAUUAUAGAGGUGUGCUGCCCAAUAGAUGCUUGGCUGCCCCAAAAGGAAGAACAUUCAAAUUAUUGUGGUUUUUAGGGGCUCACAAUGUUCUUUCCAUGUAUGAUAGUGUAUAAUUGCUGCUUGCCAUGGUUGAAUUUUUAGGUUGUUUGCUGUUGAUUUUAACUAAUAUAAUAAAAUGCUUGAUUUAUUUUGUCUUA